AUGCGCUUCAGUACUGCUUGUGUCGUGUGCACUGCCGCCGUCAUCGGCCAGGCAUCUGCUCAGACCUUCCGACGCCUCGGUGCUUGUCCCACACUGGGUUGUAUCUUCCCUCCAGACCAGAGCGACUUUCUUCCUGGUCAGUGGUUUGACAUUCGCCUCGAGACACAUGCUCCUCAGAACGGCAGUGAAGUCGUUCCCGGCUACUUGACUCCUGACGAAAAGUUCACCUUCACCAUCGCCAAAGAAGGCAAGCAGAAGGACUGNCAAAAUGCAGCUACCUACUUGAAAGUUGACGAGCCUGCCAUUGAGAGAUGGAACUUUACUUGGUAUGAGGAUCUGUUUGCCGAAGCUGCUAAGACACCCUCAAUGGUCAAGGUUGCUUCCAAGGCUUACAGAAAGGUCGCUCUUUAUGAGCCGGGUAACUACAUCGCGACUCUCACCUAUGCCAACGGUAGUGUCACCCAGGCCAACUGGACUGUUCGCGAUACCAAGAUCUCGCAAAAGGCCAAGAAUGUCAUCAUGGUACAUCACCGAGCUGUGCUGACUGCGGCAUCUCAANNGUUCAUCGGUGAUGGCAUGACUACUAACAUGAUCACCGCUGCUCGUCUGAUCGCCCACCAGAGCGUCAACGGCAAGUACCAGACUCGCAUGGCCAUGGACAAGUUCCCUGUCUUGGGCCAUCAGAUGACCCACUCCAUCGACUCUUUCAUCACUGACUCUGCCAACUCGGCCACUGCUCUGUACACCGGCCACAAGAGCACCGUGAAUGCUCUUGGAGUCUAUGCCGAUUCCUCUCCUAGCCCUCUUGAUGACCCCAAGAUCCAGUCUAUUGCUGAACUCUUCCAUGAAGUCCGUGGCGGUGGUGUUGGUAUUGUUUCUACUGCCUUCAUCGCAGAUGCUACUCCCGGUGCUUUGACUGCUCACACUCGCAACCGUGGCCAGUACGGCAAUGUUGUUGACUCUUUCCUCAAUGGUAUCACCAACUACACUUGGCCUGCUUGGGACGGUCCUGAUGUUCUUUUCGGUGGUGGUGCUGAGCAGUUCAUCCCCAGCAGCAAGUCUUUCCAAGGAAAGGACUACUACCAGGAGUUCAGAAACAAGGGCUACAAGGUCAUCCAGAACAACACUGCUCUUCAAGCCGCAUCCAACACUGAACGUACUCUCGGUAUCUUCUCGGUCUCGAAUAUGGCAAAGUGGCUUGACAGAAAUGUCUACAAGAACAACACUCAGAUCCCCAAGACUGCUCCUGAUGGUAGCAGCGCCGCCGCAACUGACCAACCCGGUCUGAAGGAGAUGACCCUCAAGGCUGUUGAUAUCCUGCACAAACGCAACCCCGACAAGGGCUUCUUCUUGAUGUCUGAGGCCGCUUCCAUUGAUAAGCAAAUGCACGUCCUCGACUACGACCGUGCUCUUGGUGAACUUCUUGAGCUCGAUGACACCAUCAAGGCCACCCUCAAGCACCUUGAGGAGAUCGGCGAGCUUGACAACACCCUUGUCAUUGUCACUGCUGAUCACGGCCAUGGCUUCGAUGUCACUGGUAGUGUUGACACCAAGUACAUGGACGCUCAGACCAGUGACCGCAGNAGGCGCGAUGCCGUCGGCAUUUACGAACAAUCCGGUCUUUCUCAAUACAUGGUCGCCAACCACUCUGCCCCCAUCGGCAGCGACCAAAACCUUGUAUACUCUGCUGGUGUCGACUUCCCUGUCAACUGGGACCCUCGCUACACCUUGCAGUCCGGCCUUGCCACUUUCCCCGACCACCGCGAGAACUACCGUGUCCACAAAAACGGACCUCGUGUUCCUGCUCUCAACAUCACUGGAUUCUCGUCAAACGACUACUACGUCAACUACAUUGAUGCUGUCACUGGCUUCGUCGUCAACGGCACCCUUCCUGUUUCGGCUGAUCAGGGUGUGCACUCGCUCACCGAUGUUCCUGUCUUUGCUCAGGGACCUUGCCAGAGUGCUUUCGGAGGUGUCUACAACAACGUCGACAUCUUCCACAACAUUGCUACUUGCUUGCGUUUGCAGAGAACCAAGGCUUCCAAGUAG